CUAUAUCGCGGAGCUUGCGCAGAGCUUGCGAGUGAGAACCGAGAGGGAGGCCGGAGAGCGAGAGAGUAAGAGAGAGCGAGAGAGCCGUGCACGCGGCCGCUGCUAGCGGAGCACGAGGCACACUGCACAUCAGCAAAUGGGGCCGAGCGACAACUCCUGACGGACCGCGCUGCUGCUGCCGCCGCCGCCGCCGCCGCCGCCGGUCGCUUCCUCCAGACAACCGACGCACACCGCUCUCGCCACCUCACCAGCAUGAGCUUGUUAACGCUUGUCAUGCUGGCGGCUGUGCUGUCGCUACCACAAAGUCACUCGGCGAGAAGAAAUCGCGAGGCUUCCGCUGUGAAUCUGACCGACAGCUUUACGGAGCCAGUGACGAUCGGCAGAACGCCACGUGGAACUGUCAACGAUAUUGUGUCGCGCAACAUUACGAUGGUACUGGAAAAUCUUCUGAUGAACUACGAAAACAGUCAACUGCCGACGCACGGAAAGGGCAGACCGACCAUAGUGAAAACAAACAUCUACAUCCGUAGUAUGGGUCCCAUCUCAGAGCUCGACAUGGAUUAUUCGAUGGACUGUUAUUUUCGGCAAUAUUGGCGCGACUCGCGCCUCAGCUUCCUGGGUCCAAUAAAGUCACUGAGUCUGAGCAUCAAGAUGCUCGAGAGGAUCUGGCGGCCAGACACUUAUUUUUACAAUGGGAAACAGAGCUACGUGCACACCAUUACCGUGCCCAACAAAUUGCUGAGAAUAACUCAAGAGGGUGACAUACUCUAUUCGAUGAGACUGACCAUCAAGGCGAAGUGCACGAUGGACUUGAGGAAUUUCCCGAUGGACCGGCAAUCCUGUCCACUGAUUCUCGGCAGCUACGCUUACACGUCCGGGCAGUUGGUGUACGAGUGGCAGGACAAUUCCAGCGUGAACUUCGUGCCGGGCAUGGCUUUGUCGCAGUUCGACCUGAUGGGCUACCCCUACAGGAAUCUGAGCUUCGUUAGGCGCGAGGGCAAGUUCUCCGUGCUCCAAGUGUCCUUCAACAUGCAGCGCCACACCGGAUACUUUCUCAUACAGGUCUACGUACCGUGCGUUCUGAUCGUGGUGCUCAGCUGGGUGUCGUUUUGGAUUCACCGUGAAGCGACGAGCGAUCGAGUUGGCCUAGGAAUAACGACGGUGCUCACUUUGUCGACGAUUAGCCUGGAUUCACGGAAGGACCUGCCCAAAGUCAAAUACGCCACGGCGCUCGACUGGUUCCUGCUAAUGAGCUUCGGCUAUUGCAUCGCCACGCUGCUCGAAUUCGCCGGCGUUCAUUACUUCACCAAGGUCGGCAGCGGCGAGUUCCCGAUCGAGGAGGAGUACAUCGAGCCAAUAACACCGGGCGAGGACGAGGAGGAAGUGGACAGCAACGAGUGGGAGGACGUUGCCGGCAAGCCAGCCACGCUCGUCCCGAGCGACGACGACGACGACGACGAGGGCGGCUUCACCGCUGCCACCACACUCGGCUGCCCCGAGAGCACGACCUCGAGGAAACGCGGCUCCUCGCUCUUCUGCGCUCUCUACAACGUGAGCCCCUGCCGCGAAGCGCGAACAAUUUUGCCAGAUAUCGCGCCCCGCAAGCGCGAUCAAGUGUACAGCUUGCCAGAGCCACGACGAUCGAUGACUAUCACGGUAAGUAGCAAGCGCUCGACGAUGGAGAGACAAACGCAAACCGAGCUCUGGCUGCCCAAAUGGAAGCAAUUUCUUUACUGCCUCGUGGGCGACAUGGCAUUCAGAAAGAGGCGUCAGCGCGAGGCGGCGGACGGUUGCCGUAAGCACGGCAAGCGAAUCGAGAGGUACAUAAACAGCGUGUCGCACAUCGAUCGAGUGGCCAGGGUCGUCUUCCCGGCGUCCUUUACUUUCCUCAUCAUUUUCUACUGGAUGGUCUACGUCACCUACCAGGAGGAGUUCAAAUGGCAGGACCCGCCGAUGGGCGCCGCCUCUCACUGAACACUUUUUGUGAUACGUGUCUCUUGGCGCUGACAAUGCCUGGACAAUGUUGCGACGGUAACGCUUCGGUAUUUAUUGCCAGAAACGCCGAACAGAAGCGUACCAUGUAACACCAACACUUUUCGUUUUCUCAAUUUUUGUUCUUGAUCACACCGUGCAUUAAUACUCGGUGUACCUUUUUCUAAUCGACUUGAAUAAAGCGCAUAUGGCUCGACGUUGUCAUUGCAAUGCUUUUUUCUCUUGUUUAUUUCCUCGAACGCGAGACGCGAGUGGUGCCGUUUUUCAAGUUCAAAAGAAACAGAAGCGAGCGAAUUGAUUUUUUGUCAUCAAGCCAUCAUAUCCUAAAGGAUGCUUUUCGUUCAGUAACGAGCAAGCAAGCUGAUAAGUUCGCUUAGAUGUUCAUCGUCAAGAAAAUAUAUGUGACUUUUACCGAAUUGUGCAAGUACCAAAGAUAAUAAAGAUGACUUUUCGAUUAAAUAAACGCUUACGCGAAUAUUUUCUGCUCGAAUAUAGUUAGAGUGUAUAAAAGUCAGAGAAACGGUGAAUUAUAAUGAUAAUUGUAAUAUAUUUUGAAUGUCGAAUGGAUUAUAUAAACAUUACAACAAACGCAUUAUAAAUAUGAAUGAGCUUUGACUGGAAUACUUAAAAUCCAAUAAUUUAUCAUUUUUAAUAAAACGUAUUCAAUGAGUUCAACGAAAUAUAUGUUACGUACAUAAAUAAAAAAAGCUGUUAAUUAUUGAAAAUAUAAGUCAUAAUAUACAUGGUUAUUAA